AUGGAGCUCCAAAACUCCACCUUGGGAAGUGGCUUCAUCUUGGUAGGGAUUCUGAAUGACAGUGGGUCUCCUGAACUAGUCUGUGCUACAGUUACAGUCCUAUACGUGUUGGCCCUGACCAGCAAUGGCCUGCUGCUCCUGGCCAUCACCAUGGAAGCCCAGCUCCACAUGCCCAUGUACUUCCUGCUUGGGCAGAUCUCUCUCAUGGAUCUCCUGUUCACAUCUGUUGUCACUCCCUCCCUUGCGGCCUUUCUGCGCAGAGAAAACACCAUCUCCUUUGGAGGCUGUGCCCUUCAGAUGUUCCUGGCACUGACAAUGGGUGGCGCUGAAGACCUCCUACUGGCCUUCAUGGCCUAUGACAGGUAUGUGGCCGUUUGUCAUCCUCUGAAAUACAUGACUCUCAUGAGCCCAAGAGUCUGCUGGCUCAUGGUGGCCAUAUCCUGGAUCCUGGCAUCCCUAAGUGCCCUAGUAUAUACCGUGUACACCAUGCACUAUCCCUUCUGCAAGGCCCAGGAGAUCAGACAUCUUCUCUGCGAGAUCCCACCCUUGUCAAAAUUGGCCUGUGCUGAUACCUCUAGAUAUGAGCUCAUGGUAUAUGUGAUGGGUGUGACCUUCCUGAUUCCCUCUCUUGCUGCUAUACUGGCCUCCUAUACACAAAUUCUACUCACUGUGCUCCAUAUGCUGCCAAAUGAGGGGAGGAAGAAAGCCCUUGUCACCUGCUCUUCCUGCCUGACUGUGGUUGGGAUGUUCUAUGGAGCUGCCACAUUCACGUAUGUCUUGCCCAGUUCCUUCCACAGCCCCAAACAAGACGACAUCAUCUCUGUUUUCUACAUAAUUGUCACUCCAGCCCUGAAUCCCCUCAUCUACAGCCUGAGGAAUAAGGAGGUCAUGGGGGCCUUGAGGAGGGUCCUGGGAAAAUAUAUGCUGCUGGCACACUCCAUGCUCUAG